CUCUCUCUCUCUCUCUCUCUCUCUCUCUCUCUCUCAAAUGGACAAAAGGGAUGGUCUCUCUCCCAAGCAUUCCAGCAGAGAGAGCAUCCGACUGCCCGACGCGCUUCCUGGAAGAAACCCUGUGGAUGUUGGGCUGGCUGUGGGAGCGACGGGAGGCGGAGGGAGGGGCGGAGAGGUGGACGGAUGGAUGAUGAGAAGAAGGCGGGGAUCACGGAGGGAUAAUGAGGCAGCUGUAGUUACCUGGGAAAGCACACACGCAAGUUAGAAAUUCACAGGAAAUGCACUGUGGUUUGGCUGCAAAAAGUUCAAGGAGCAGCGAAAACCCAAACUAGACUGAUGGUAUUUUACUACAGUAUAUUUAAAAAAAUAUGUAAUUAAGAUAAUAAUGAGAUAAUUAUUGCUUUCUCUUGGGGCUUGUAUUGUUCUUCAUAAAAAAAAAAUCAGAGGAGCUACCCAUCAAUUUGGACAUUUGACAGAAUGAACACCAUCCUUAUCUCCUCACUGCUGGGUGUAGCUGCAUUUGUUCUCCAAGUUGCUACAUCUAAAGAGACUCUAAAGGCCAGUGUGUCUGUGUGGCCUCCGGGGUCGAACAUCUACCUCGGUGAGUGCGUGUUGCUGCAGUGCUCAGUGGAGUCAAACUCCAGUUUUGCAUGGAGCUACCAGUGGUUAAAGCACGAACCGCGCGCUGCUCUUGCCUCGACCUCCAAUCCCAGGCACCUGGUCUCAGGUGACAGCUACUCCAUCACCGCGGUAACGAGAGAGGACGCGGGCAGCUACCGGUGCCGAGCGGAGCGGUGGGAGAGCAACAGCAGCUCUGUGGUGCUCCUCAGCCAGCCGGCCACACUCGGUGUGUCAGAGCUGCCUCCUCCCUCACUCCUGACUCUGACUCCCAGCACCAGGCAGUUCCUCAGAGGGGAGCAUUUCACUGUGAAGUGCCCCGGCUCUCAGAGCAACUCCUCGGGCUGGACACUGAGGCGGUUCCCCGAGGACCGUGGAGUGAAGAACGCGGCCUUAUACACUGACCGAUGUUCACCACUAGGGGGUGCUGUAAGCGCAGGCACGUCUGACACGUGUGUGUUCACUGCUGCCAGCGGGAACAGUGGACUGUACUGGUGUGAGGGCGCCGAGGGCCGCAGCAACGCAAUCAACAUCACAGUAAGCUAUGGUGCCAUCUUGAAGACUCCUUCCUUCCCUGUAUUUGAGGGUGAUAAAGUGGUCUUGUACUGUCAGCACUGGACAGGCAAUCACAGUCAAAUAACCUUCUUUAAACACGGAGCAGAGAUCGGCACUUCCAGUUCCUCCGGUUCAGACAGAGUAACAAAGAUGACUAUAGAGAAUGUGACACAGGAAGAUGAAGGCUUCUACAAGUGUGCAUCCCAGGACAGAAAGCUGGAGAGUCAAGAGAGCUGGUUAUCAGUGAGACCUGAUCGAGGCAACUUCACAUCAACAGAUUGGACAGCAGCCUCCAGUAGUGGCUCCUGGAAAUGGAUCAUUCCAUGUGCAAUUGUACCUCUUCUCCUCAUCCCUGUAACUGUUUGGCUAGUUUGUCACUACAGUUACCAGACGCUCGGCACCCAUAGGUGUUGGUCAUUUUCCAAAGAGGAUCUCCCAGCAGUGGAGAUUCCUGCGACCAAGCAGGACGUGACAGAAGUACAGUGGGACCUGUCCUGGAUGGAGAUGUCCAAUCUGUUGGAUAAACAGUUGUAUCCUGGCACGUAAAGGAGGAUCACUCUCACCUGGAGCAUACAGGAAAUAUUGACAGCUAUCAGGUAGUUCAGUCAGCGCUGCUUCUAACAUGAUGUAGGAGCAGUUCACAGUCAUUGAUGGUCACAUGUCAAAACAGUCCAAGCUUAACCCUCUUGUUGUCCUCAGGUCAAAUUUGACCCGUUCUCAAAACUUCUAUAUCAGAAAUAUGUUUCUUUUUAACCCAGUUACUCAAAAAAUUAAGUACAGUUGCAAGUACUCGAUUACUACUUUUAUUGAAAUGUGGCUAUUCAAUUUUAUAGCAUUUAAAAAAAAUUGAAAUGGUUUCAAAACCUGACUAAACUUUGACACCCACACGUCUGUGAUUCUCCACCAACAUAUACAUUCCUCUAAUAUUAGUCAAAAUCAUUCAUCAUUUCUAAAUUAGGUAUAAUCUCCUAUAAAUGAGAUUUAUUGACCAUGAAUUCCAAAAAUAUGUGUAACACUAUUGGUAAGAAGUUAGUGUUAGUGAAAAAUAGAUUCGAAAACUUGACAAAGUGACAAAAACAUUGA